GCAAACUUCAAAUAAAACCGUACAUUGGAAUUUUCUUGUUUGUUGCAUCGGCAUUUUUUAACAAAAAAUAAUCAUUUUAAAAGCGAAUGGAGUCGCCUGCAGAAACACCCAUAAACGAUGAUGGCGUCGUCGCGCCGCCGCAGGAUGAAAAUAAAGACGCCACCAAUUUCAAUUUGAAAACUGAUGAGGCAGGCACUCCAGUGGCCCGGAAAACUCGCGGUGCUCUUCGCCAUAAGAUGGAUGCUACUGCAGAAAAGGUAUCGCCACCGAAUGCUGGUAAGACCACUGAACUACCACCGAAGACCCCGGGAACUCCUAGUUCGCGCUUGGUGCUAAGCAGUGAGACGCCGAGACGCAGUUGCCGCAAAAGUGUUCGCCCAGCAAUCGACUAUGACGACAUUGUUCGAUCUGCCAAGAAAUUGGUGCCCGAGGAGCAUCCGGAUGCUGAAGAUGAUGAAGAGUCCACGGCACAAAAGUGGAAUGCAGCCGAAGUUGGUCGCAGCAACUCACGUAAACGUAACCGUAAGUCAAAACGGGCAGCUAAGAAAAAACAAAAAACCGGAGACGUAGAAACAGGAAUACCAGAGGGUGCAGGAGAUGAGGAGCAGUUGGAAAAACAAGAGGAGCCUGAGCACCAAGAAGAUAACAAGGAGCUGGAGUGCCAAAAGGAAAACAAGGAGGAGCUAGAGCACCUAGAGGAAAAGGAACAGGAGGUGGAGCACCAAGAGGAGAAUAAAGAAGAGUUUAAGCAACAAGAUGAGGAGAAAGAUGAGCUGGAGCGCCAAGAAGAAAAGAAAGAGGAGGUAGAGAACCAAGAGAAUGAGUCGAGCCAAAAUGUGGUUGCUUCGAAAAGCACUCCUAAAAAUGAUCAGAUAGGCGUGAGCCCAUUAAGCCAGGUAUGCAGUGAGGAACCAGGAAACGAAAUCACACCUGAAUCCUUCUGUAAAGUAACCGAUGCUGAUAUAGAUGAACUGGGCUUAUGUCCACUUAGUCAAGAAAGCAAUACAGAUCUAACUGAAGAUGUUAAAAAUUUAAAUAAUGAAACCAAGAAUUCGGAUGGACUUGGUACUUGCUCGAUGGAAGUUGAUAAUGAGGAUUUAAAAGAAGUCGACAAAGAAAACGCAGAAGGAGUCAAUACAACAUAUGAGAAAUCUUUAGAAGAUAUGGAAGACAUGCCUUCGUUGAUCAUGAUCGAUGAUGAAGAUUCGGUCGGGGCAGAAAAUGUGCAACUUAAUACAACUUUCGAUGCAGAUGAUAUAAAAGAGGAUGAAAGUGUGAUCCUUAUUGAAGUUCCCGGUAUCCAAACUACUUUGGAGAAGCCGUCGGUCAAAGUGGUUCUCACAACUGAUGACAACAAACGUGAAACCCUUCUGAACAUGGAAAACUCUUCACCCACUGUAUCGACUUUCACCAAAAGGGUUUCUAAGGGAUAUCGUUUCCCAACUCCAUUUAAGAACAAGACAUCUUUCAAAUUCUCCGACGAACAUAAAACUUCUUUCGAUGAUGGUUUCUUUAAAAAGUGUUCAAGCCAGAUGCUUGAUAUGCCACUUAAUACAACUUUCGAUGCAGAUGAUAUAAAAGAGGAUGAAAGUGUGAUCCUUAUUGAAGUUCCCGGUAUCCAAACUACUUUGGAGAAGCCGUCGGUCAAAGUGGUUCUCACAACUGAUGACAACAAACGUGAAACCCUUCUGAACAUGGAAAACUCUUCACCCACUGUAUCGACUUUCACCAAAAGGGUUUCUAAGGGAUAUCGUUUCCCAACUCCAUUUAAGAACAAGACAUCUUUCAAAUUCUCCGACGAACAUAAAACUUCUUUCGAUGAUGGGUUCUUUAAAAAGUGUUCAAGCCAGAUGCUUGAUAUGCCAGAACCCAAGCAAGGGCGACGACGUUCGAAAUCGGCAAGCCAUAUGAAUGAUGUAUUCUCUAAGACGGUCUCUUUCCAAAGUCCCAUUGAGAUUGCCAAUGUGGAGGACAUAGACAAGCGCUGGGAAGCACUCAACAAGAAGAAUAUAACAAGCCGCCGUAAGCGAUCAAAGUCCUUGGAAGAAAAACCCUCUAAAUUUAGCCGAAUUCCAAAACCAAAAAUCGUUACGAUUGGAAAAGUGGUGACCCCCAGCAAGGUAAAACGUGCCAAACUACCGAAUUUUGCGGCCAUCCACGAAAAACAGUUCUCCAAGAUGGAAAGCCUUGUGGACCACAUCGAACGAAAAGCGGAGCGUGCCAAAGUUCUGACGAACUCGGCUCUUAAACAGGCAACGGCAACCAAGAAACAUCAGGCCACUACCUCGAAGGUAGACAGUGUCAUGCGUCCAAAAGCCCUCAAGAAAAUUGAUCUCUCUGCUAAAAGUGUUGCUGUGGAGGCUCCAAAACAAGUGUCAGUUGAGGCUGCUAAGGAUAAGGUUCCACCUUCUCGCUUACCCCUGAAAAACGCCGCCAAUGUGCCGUCAAGACCGGCGUUUAAUUUGUCGACCUCAAUUGUGACAUCGUUUAAUACCACCUUAAGUGGUAGGCCAGCGCAGGAUAAGUUGGCUGAAAGAAAACAGAGGCACGUGGAAAUGUUUAAGGGCAGGACCAAGGAUAAGAGUAACAAAGGAGACUUGAUCAAGGGAGUGCGUUCUAACCGCCGAUUUGAACUGCAAAUGCAGCAUCGUCGCCACAUCACAGAGGAUUAG